AUGUCGGCUACUUCAGACGCAAAGCCUCUCACUGGCGCUGUGCGGAAGCGCAAGACCUUCUCUCCGCUCAUCCACGAAACCAUCCGAGAGCCCGUGCUUCUCAGAGAGCUCCUGACGGACGACAUAUACCUCAUUGGCGGGCAGUUCGCCAUUCUUUGCCAGUUCGCCCAUCCCGGCCUCGCAAAGGGCAGCUACCUCCAUUCCGACUUCGCAUCGCGCAUCCCGCAACGGCUCCGGAACACGGCGCGCUAUCUCAACGCCGCCGUCUACGGGACGCCCGAGGAAAAGAGGGCAAUCUUCUCCAUGAUCCACGGCUAUCACAAGCACGUCAAGGGCGACGGCUACGACGCCGACGACCCCGAGCUGCACAAGUGGACGGCGGCAACGCUCUUCGUCGCGCUGAUUGUCGUCCACGAGACCCUCUUGGGCGGCUUCACCCGCCAGCAGAUGGAGUCGCUGUACAAAGAGGCCGCCGUCUACGGCACCUCGCUGCGCAUGCCGCCCUCCAUGUGGCCGCCCUCCCUGGACGACUUCUGGGCCUACUGGAAGCGCAACAUCGACACUCUCCAAAUCACCGACAUGGCGCGCAAGCUGUCCCGGGACCUGCUGUAUCCCGACAACCUGCCCAUGCGCCUGCGCGCCCUCACUCCCCUGGCCCGCGUCUUGACCGUCCACUUCUUGCCCGAGAGGCUGGCGAGGGAGUACGGCCUGGUGCCCACGACGCUGACCUGGCUGCAGUAUCAGGCUGCUGUGCGCACUCUGAGGGUGGCCUGGCCCUUGCUGCCGCUCACGGUGCGGCAAGCCAUGCACACCGAGUACAUGGACGAUUUGAAAAGGGCCGUGGAUAGGAUUGAGAGGACGGGGCACUGGUCGUAUGAGUCGAGGAUAUGA